AUGUCGACUGUCGCAAUGAAAUCAUCAGUCUGUAUUACCUCCCAAGAGGAUCAAGACACACAUAAGAUUCAGCAAUCAUGGGUUUCAUCUACAUCACCUGCUAGUUCCAACUCCAGCUUGUCUGACGAAGACAUUACCAAGACACAGUGCGAUUCGGAUGAGGACGAAGAUAUCGGUGUCGUGUUUAUCGCUCGAAGGGUGCGGGUCACCCAGGUCAAAGGGAGACUUGUUCGCGUACAAAGGUAG